CCAGUAGUGGUUGCGCCAGCCCUGGUUUCGAUUUGUUUUUACGCCUGGGCCCAAAGGCAUUAAUUAGAAUUGUCAAUGUCGAUAGCUAGCGCUGCGCAGCCCCCGAAAGCCACACGACUAGAUUGGAUAUAUCAACGCCAUCGUUCUGCGACCAGAUAGCCAGUCCUCCCUCCUAGUUUUAGGUUUUUUUUAGUCUUUGUAGAUUUUUUUGUGUUUUUUUUUUGUGUUUUUUUGGUUGUUUUGCACGGCUUAGACCCUAGUUAGAAAAGUUUAUACGCAAAUUUAGUUAUAAAUUGAACGAACGAGCGAUGGCGGAAGAGGCUGCAUCUUCGGCCACGGACACGGCGGCUGCCUUGGAGACUCUAUACGACUUUUCCAUCGUUCAGCCGCAGCAUCACGAAUACGAAGGCGAGGCAGAUAUACACUUAACGGGCAGCUCCAGUGACCUGUCCACGUUACAGAAUGUCUCUGCUGGCACAACGACGACGACGACCACGACGACGACAAGGAGCAAGGGACGCCUGGACAGCCUCAAGGAGAACAUGUUUAAGCAACAGGAACGCCUAACUGCCUUAAAGGAGCGCGCGCGGCAAUCCCAGGACGACAGACGACGCCAUGACUUCAUGGAGACCUCGCUGCUGCCCAGUCGCCCCACCGAUGCCUCCACACCCUUGGCCACGCCCAACAAGGACAAGCCUGCGGUGCCCUCACCGGAUGUCUCUGGUUUCCAGAGCUCCAGCGGCAACGAGAAGCUCCUCAUGCUGACCCAACGCACGGAGCAGACCAGAGCCCUGAUAGAGCAGCGCAAGCGGGACAUGGCCAAGUCGCUGCUCUCCGUGAGGACGCUGAGAACUAGCGUGAGCGGCGGCACUGGCUCUGGUCCCGAACUAGGCGCUGGCUCCUCCAUGACGGACCUGAGGCAGGUGGCGGCCACACCCGUUUCCCGUCAUCGUUCCGCCUUGGAUUUGGAGGCCCAGGGACGAGGCCAGGAGCCGGUAGGACUGGACGAGAACCAUGUAAAGAUGCUCAAGAGCCGCAUGAAGCUAACUGAGCUUAAGCAGAGCCGGCAAGAGCAGGAGCUGCAGGAGCAGCGCGCGGAGCUAGAACGUCGCGCCCACCUCAUCGAGCAGCUGGAACUGUCCGGUGCCGAGCUGCAGCGCACGCUCACCCAGCGGAACGCGGAACUGGAGCAACUGCGACUUAGCCAGGGGGAGCAGGGGGAAAGCAACAGCCUGCAGGAGCAGGAGAACUCUCGCCUGCAGGCCGAGGUCCUGGCGAUGAGAGAACGCCUCACAGAGCUGGAGAACAUCAACGACCUGCUGGAGACGACACGCAGCGAGCUCCAGGAGGAGCUGAGCGCAGCUCGGGAAAGGGAGCGAGAGCGAGAGAGAGAGAGGGAGAAGGAGAAAGAAACCCAGCCGGAGGAGGUCACCUCGACUGAUGCCCAGGUGAGCCAGGAACUGGCCAAACAGCUGCAAGAGCUUAGCCACAAGCAGGCCGAACUGCUGGCCGUCAACGAGGAGCUGCGACGGGCGGCGGCCGCCCAACAGAAGCUAAGCAUCAGCGAUGCCAGUGUAUCCCAGCGUCUCGAUGAACUGGAGGCCACCAUAGCCACCCAAGUCUCCCAAAUGGCCGAACAGAGCGAGGAGCUGGCGGAGAAGACGACGGAGCUCAAUGUGCUGAAUGUCAACCUGCGCCUCCUCGAGGAGAAGCUGGCCCAGAGCAGUCGCAAGAGCAAGCCGCUCUUCCUCGACGAUCCCGCGGAGCGGCUGCCGGAGGAGGAGCUGCAGCAGCUGAAGCAGAAGCUGGACGAGGCCAACAAGGCCAACAUCAAGCUGAAGCUCAAGUGCAAGCAGACGGAGAAGCAGCUGCAGCGGCUGCAGUCCGAGGAGGGGCAGCAGCAGCUCCUGGCGAAGCUCUCCUCGGAGAACGAGGAACUGCAGCAGAGGAUAACGGUGUUGGAGGAUGAAAAGGGCCAGUGGCAGCUGGCCAGCAUGGAAAGAUCACAGCAGGAAGAGCAGGAGCAGCAUCAGCAGGAACCAACGAAUCCCUCCCACCUGGAGGCCAUCCGCCUGUUGGAGGAGCAAAAACUGGAGCUCCAGCAGGCCCUGGAGGCUCUGCAGCAGGGCCACGAGUCUGCCCGCGUCGAGUCCGAGCUGAGCGAGGCCCAGCUAGAGGAGCAGCAGCUGGCGCAACGCGUCCAGCAGCUGGAGAGCGAGGCCCAGGAGCAGCGCCAGCAGCUGGAGACCCUGCAGGACGAGAAGCAGGCGCUGGACAAGAAGCUCUCGCACUACAUCAGCGAGAACAUGGAGCUGCUGGACAAGCUGGAGAAGCUCAGCUCGUCCAGUUCCGCCGAGUCCAUAGAGAUUGUGGAGCGCCAGCAGCUGGAGGAGCCGGAGCAGGAGCACCAGCAGCAGCCCAGUCAGGUGAGCGAGCUCACCCAAACCGAUCAGGACGACCAAGAGACCCUCGCCCAGCUGAGGGAGCGCCUGGAGCUCUUCACCCAGGAGCGCGGCGAGGUCCUCGACAAGCUGGAGCACCUCUCGGCGGAGAAUGCCCAGCUGCAGCUGCGCCUGGACGAGAGCUCCGCCGCCCUGCAGCUCCUCCAGCGCGAGCGAGACCGCGAGCGCGAAAGGGAUCUGCUUUCCUCCACCUCCACCUCCUCGAAUCUCUCACAGGAGCUGAGCUCCAUGCAACGCUCCUCGGAGGUGGUGGCCACCCUAGAUGCCGGUGACGCGCCCGUUCUCCUGGACAAGUGUGAAAAGUCACUAAGCAAGCUCAACUCGGAGCUGGAGGCCUAUCGUCGGGCCAACGACCGCCAGGCCAAGAUCAACGUGGCCAAGAAGCUGGCCAAGGAGGCCAAGAACUGCCACACGCAGCUCAGCGAGCUCCUGCACAAGGUCAAGGAGGCCAGCACGGCGGUGGAGACGGUUACGGUCGUGGAGACCGUGGUGGCAGUAACGGCGCCCAAUGGCAAGGCCCUGGCCGAGUACGAGCAGCUGACUGCCCAGAAUGCGGAGCUCAAGGCUGAGAUCACGCGCCUGACCAGGGAGCUGGAGGAGUUGCGGGAACGGGAAAGCUAUCCCGAGAGGGAGUCCCUGCUGGCCAUAGAAACCAGCUCUGCCCCUCAGGAGGAGGAAUUCCUGCACCUCCAGUCCCUCUUGGAGGACUCUCGCAACGCCCAGGCGGAGCAGCAGGAGGAGAUCCGGGAGCUGCGAGAAAGCCAAGCCCGUCUAAGGGACGAGGUCAGGCAGCACCAGGUUCAGGCCCUAGAAGCCAGCUCUGCGCCUCAGGAGGAGGAAUUCCUGCACAUCCAGUCCCUCUUGGAGGACUCCCGCAACGCCCAGGCGGAGCAGCUGGAGGAGAUUCGGGAGCUGCGAGAAAGCCAAGCCCGUCUAAGGGACGAGGUCUCGCAGCACCAGCUGCAGGCGGAGCAGUUCGAUCAGCAGCUGAAUGCCAAGGAAAUGGGCCACGAGAAGCAGUUGGAGCAGUUCACCCGCCUGCGUCGGGAGCUGGAGUCGCGCAACGAGUCCCUGGAGGGGGAGCUGAGCAUCUUGCAGGCUCUGGUGGCCGAACAGAAGCAGCAGCUCAUCGAGAACCUCGGCGAGAGCGAGCACAAUCUUAAUCUGAAGAUGCUGGAGCUGCAGGCGGCCCAGGAGGAGCUGCAGGAGCUGAGGAGGGUCCACGAGCAGGAUCCUAGUCCCGAGCAACUUAGAGAGGCCCUGAGGAUCAGCAAGAGUCUGGCCGCCCAGCAGGUGAGCGAACUGGGCGCCCGCCAGGAGACCAUCGAUGCGUUGAACCAGCAGAUCCAAGAGCUGUGCCAGGGCCUGGAGCAGACGCGCCAGGAGGAGCAGCACAAGAGCCGCGAGCUGCGAGAGAAGCUCAAGAAGUAUGCCCUCAAUCUCAAGAAGCGCGCCCAGGAGAAUGGCGAGCUGGAGGAGAAGGUAAAGGAGCUGGAGGAGAAGCUAAAGGAGCAGCAGCAGCAGGAGCAGAUAAAGGAACCCUCAGUGGAUGUGGAGCAACUGCAGCAGCAGGUCAGCAAGCUCAGCGAGGAGCUCAAGGCCAAGAUCCAUGUGAAUCUUGAGAAUCGAGAUGCACUGCGUCACCUCAAGCAGCAGCUCCAGGAGCAGGAGCAGCUCCUUGACCAGCGCCAGGCCGAGCUCCAGGCAGCCAGUCUCGAAAACAAGGAGCUGCGACGCGAGCGUCAAGAGGCCGAGCAGGAGGUCUUCCAGCAGGGCCAAGAGGUGGCCAGGCUCUCCGCGGAGCUAACCCAGCUGCAGCACCAGCUGGCCGAGCAGCAGCCCCUCCUGGAGGAUCUGCGCCGCCAGCUGGAGUCCAAGUCCACCAAGUUUGACAAAUCCAAGGAGCUGAUCAAGCAUCGCAAUGCCACCAUUCAGUCGCUGCAGCGGGAGCUCCAGCAGCUGCGCCAGAACCAGCCCGACUUGGAGCAGCUGCGCGAGGAGAAGGAAGCCGAGAUUGCUGUCCUUCGCCAACAGACCCUGGAGGCGACGAUACCUUCGGCCACGGCCUCGGCCACUGAGGAGGAGCUCAAUCACCUGCGCGUCCAACUGACGGCCGCCCAGGAGCAGCACUCGCUGCUGGGCCAGCAGUAUACCCGCGACAAGGCCAACUUUGAGGCCACCAUCGCCCGGCUGAACACCAUCCACGAGGGCAUCCAGGCCAAGCUGCAGGAGGACGCCUCCUACAUUGAGUCGCUGGAGACGCAGAACGCCGCGCUGCAGGCGAGGAGCUCCUCCCUUGAGGAGCAGGCCGCCAGCCAGGCUAAUUGCCAGGCCGAGGCCGAGGAUCUGGCGCAGAGCCUGCAGCAGCAGCUCAAGGAUCAGAGCGAGCAGGCGGAGCAGCAGCUCCAGAUGGACCAGCAGCUGCAGCGGCGCCUUCAAGAGCUCGGCCAGAGGGAGGAGGAGCAGCGCCACCAGUUGGCAGAGGUUAGCCGCGAGGCCGAGGAUUCGCGAGAACAAUUGGCCAGCCUGCGCAGGGACCAUGAGGUACUCCAGGCGCGGCAUGCCCAGCUGACGGCCAGCGCCCAGGCAGAGCGAGAGCAACUGAGCCACCACAGUCAGGAGGAGCUGGCCGAGCUGCAGCAGCACCUGGCCACCAAGGAGGCGGAGCUGCAGCGCCAGCGCCAGGUAUACGAUGCCAAGCUGGCGGCCAAGACGACGGAGCUGGACGAGUUGGAGUGUGAGCUCAGUGCGCAUGCCGAGCGAGCCACCAACGAGACGCGCGAGCUGCACCAGCAGCUGGAGCGGACUCAGGAGCAGCUGGGCCAGCGCACCGAGGAGCUGCAGCGCCAGGGCGAGGAUCUCCAAGAGCUGGAGCGCGAGGUGAACCUGCUGAGGCUGCACCAGGCCAGCUCCGAGCAGGAUGUCCUCGAGCUCCAGGAGCUGCGCAUGCAGGUCAUCCAGGACAAGACGGAGGCGGACAACCUGCGCUCCCAGAUCGACGCCCUCUGCGCCAAUCACAGCCAGGAGCUGCAGGCUCUGCAGCAGCAGAUCGCCGAGCUGGACACUUUGGGCCAGAACCAGACCGACGACCAGGUCUACAUCGAGACGGAGAACAAGCGGCUGACGGAGCAGCUGAGCGAGCUGCAGGCCCAGCUGGCUAGACAGCUGCCAGUGCCGCUGCCGCUGGAGCCUCCUCCUGCCCUCCAUCACCACCUGACUAUGCCGGCUCCCGCCUCCCUCUUCUUUGGCAACGAUGCCGCCCUGGCCGCUCCCUCGCCCUUUGACGAGCUCGUGGCCCAGCCCCUGAGGGUGGCUCCCACGCAGGCUGCGGCGCCCGCUCUGGAUGCUUCGGCCACCAUUGAGGAUCUGCAGCGAAACGUUUCCGACCUGGAGAAGCAUGCCCAGGAUCUGGAGACCAAGCUCUUGGCGCGCAACCAGACCCUGGCCGAGCAGGAGGAGCGACGCCUGCAGCUGGAGCGGCGCCUCAACGAGCUGGAACAGGAGCUCAGGGAGAGGGAUGAGCGGGAGCGCCUGGCCGCCAUGGAGAGGCUGAUACAACCUGCGGCGCCGCCUGCUCCUACCGCUGCCCCAACGCUGGACAUGUUCUUUGGAGAGACAACAACAAGCAGAGAUCUGGGCCUGCCCCAGUUAGAGCCCGUCGAGGAGCCACUCAUCGAGCCCAAAAAGGCGUAUUUGUGCCAGCCAAAGCAGGAACAACCGACCCUUGAUUUUAGCUUGGACGAGGAUCCCUGGGGCGAGGCCGAGGUGGCUCCGGUGGAGCAGCUGCAGCAGCAGCAGCAGCCCCUGCAGGCCAGGAUAGCUCAAUUGGAGCAGCAGCUGACCACCGCUGAGCAGCAAAAGGCGGAGCUGCAAACGAAAACCGCCAAGCUGAUGAAGCGCCUCAAGGAGUACAAGACCAAAGCAACGACGCCUACCACUUCCGCUCCCGCUCCCGCUCCUUUGGCCCUGGACAACGACCUGGACACGGCCAUUAUCGAGGAACUGAAGCAUCAGCUGCAGCUCCACGAGUCCCGCCAGGCCAAGGCCGAGGAGCAGCUGCAGCAGCAUCUGCUGGAGAAGGAGAAGCUGGCGAAGCGCAUCGAUGUCCUCACAGCGGGCAAUGAGCGGAUGGCGGAGCUUAAGGAGCGCCAGGACAUGGAUGUGCAGAUGUAUCAGGCGCGCAUACGAGAGCUUCAGGCGAAGGUCAGCCAGCUGGAUCAGUGGGGGGAGGAGGCGAGCACCACAGCAGAGGCUGCUCCAGCUCCAACUCCAUCUUCCAGCUCUCCUCCCUCCGAGGAGCUGAGGAACCUGCAGGCUGAGAACCAGGAGCUGAAUGCCGAGUGUCAGGAUCUGCAGGAGCGGCUAAAGGAAGAGCGUCGUCUGGUCCUGCUGGCAGAGGAAACGGCCGCCCAGGUGCAGGCUCAGUGGGAGCAGGUGCGGGAGCAGCUGCGGGAGCGCGAGCAGGAGCAACUGGAGCAGCAGCAGGCACAGGAGGCGGUCAAGCGUGAGCUGCAGGAUGAGCUGAGCCGGCUAAUGAGCUGCCAGGCUGAGGCUCAGGCGGAACUUGAGUACCUGAGAGCUGGCCAGAAGCAGAAGGAGCAGCAGCAGCCGCAGAGUGAGCAGGACCAGGAGCCGUUGAGGAGCCUCCGAGCGGAGGUGGAGCACCUGAGGAGCCUUCAGCCUGAAGUGGAGCACCUGAGGAGCCUUCAGCCAGAAGUGGAACACCUGAGGAGCCUCCAAACGGAGGUAGAGCACCUUCGACUCGUUCAGCAGGAGCUGGAACCCCUGAGGAACCUUCAGGGCGAAGUGGAGCACCUCCGAGCCCUGAAACUCCAGCAGGACAGCUGUCAGCAGCAGCUCCAAGCAGAGCUCCAGCAACUGCAGCUCCAGCUCGCCCAACUGGAAGCUCAGCGCUCUCGCGACCAGGCCGAACUGGAGGCAAUGCGUCUGGGUCAGAGCCAUGACCAUCAGGAGCACGAUGAGCACCAGGCCCAGUUGCAGGAAAAGGAGUCGGAAAUCGUGCACCUGAAGCAGCGCAUCGAGGAGCUGAUGCGCGAGGAUCAAACGGAGAAGCUGGUCUUUGAGAUUCUAACCAAGAACCAGGAGCUCCAGAUGCUGCGCAUGCAGAUCAAGCGACUGGAGGAGGACCGCGAGGAGGAGGAGCAGUCACCGAGCACCACCUCCGUCUCCUCCACCGAACAGCAGCUCCUUGCCCAGUGCCAGCAGCUGCAGCAGGAGAAGUCCGACAUGGAGGAGGAGCUGCGCGUGCUCAACAAUCAUGUCCUCAGCAGUCUAGAGCUGGAGGAUAAGAUGAAGCAGACGCUGCUGCAGCUGGACACCAAGGACAUCGAGAUCACCGAGCUGCGUCGCUCUUUGGAGCUGAUGCAGCACGGCGCCGCCCAGCAGCAGCAGCUCCCUGACCUGGCCACCAUCAAUCAGCAGUGGGAGCAGGUCGUGGAGCAAAAGUGCAGCGAGGUGGCCAGCGUCUGGCAGGAGCAUCUCGUCCAGCGGGAGGCUGCCUUCAAGGCGCAGCUGGAGGAGAUCAGCCAGCAGUCGCAGACGCAGUUCCAGUCCCAGAGUGUGACAUCCCCUGGCGACGACAUCAUGGCAAAGAUGCAGAAAGCUCUGGAAACCCAGGAAAUGGAGAUUGUGACGCUCAAGGAGCAGCUGGCCAUACGGUCGGCGGAGUAUGCCCGCCUGGCCGCCCAGUACGAUCCCUUCCGGCUGCAGAAUCGUUCUGGUGGUGGUGGUGGUAACCCAUCUUCCUCGGCCCAGGCAGGCGGACCGCCGUCGCUGAGCAGCGGCGAGCCGCAGGGCGAGUAUGUUCUAAAGGCGGACCUGGACUAUGCCCUGAUGAUGCUCCACCAGCGGGAUAUGCGCGUGGAGGAGAUGAUUGUGGAGCUGGUGCAGCUGCUCGAGGAGCGGGAUCACCUGCAGCUGAAGCUAUCGGACACGUUACGCCAGCUGGAGGCGGAAAGGAGUCGCGUCAGCGAUGAAGCCUCCUUUGGCACUCCCAGCCAGCAGAGCAGUGCGGCGAGCAGCAGCGGCGGCGAAUCCCAGCAGCAGCAGCCUCUGGUAGUGGCAGCAGGAGCAGCCACCGCUGGCAGCAGUGACCUGAAGCAGAAGCUGGCCGAGCUUCAGACGGUGAAGCAUUCCAAGGACAAGGCCAUUGUGGAUGAGCGCGAGCAGCGCCUCCAGCAAAUGCUACAGCUGCAAAAGGACAUGGCCAAGCAGGCGGCGGUACCACAGCAAGUGCCUUCGCAACCGCCGCCGCCGCCAGCCAUCGGCGUGGAUCCUAGUGAGUGGAUGCGACCCUAAAGAGGACAUCGAGAAACAAAUCCAAAAAACACAUCCAAUAAUCUGCAGCCCGCUCGCCUUCGACGAUGCUCAUGGACUGGAUAUUGGGCAGUAGCAGCAAUCCAAUUAGCGAAGCUCUAGAGGAUCAGGAGCAGGACUAACCAUAGCAAUCACUACUUAAAUCUUCAAUCAGCCUUCCCCUGCGUACCUUGGCUAGCUAAAGAGAAUGAGAAGGAGAAAAGGAAGCUCUUCCCCCGUUUUCCACCAGAAUUCCCCAUUUUAUGUUGUAGAUAUGUAAAAAUUGUAUAAAAAAAAGGCAAAAAAAAAAAAAAAGAAACAAACAAAAAAGCAAAAACGAAAUGAAGCAUGAAGUGAAUACUACGGAUAUUAAGAAUAAAAACCCAAGAAAGUA